GUUGUUCACAUGUGCUUCGGCACUGUUUCCCUUCAGCUCAGUGACCUCCUCGGUUCUGUAAACAGCCAGAAAAUAAAGGGUAAUGAGGAGAAAUUAGUUGUAAUUAUUAUAAAGCCAGUGAAGUACAUUUUCAAUAACACCUGAAGGUAUGUCUGCUUUGAGUUGUUUAAAUCGCAGAUAAAUAAGGUGUGCUAAUACCUGAACCGGUUUCUACAGUUCGGUUGACUUUGUACUUAAUAGUUUGUUAAAACAUGUAGUGAUGGCUGUGCCUUUCAGGUUGAUAUUAAUGCAUAGACUGGAGGCAGUUUGCACAUCCAGUCAAAAUUACAACAGGCAGAGGAAUAUUUUUGUAAAACUCUAUAAAAGUAUAAGGGACGCUAGAAGUUUUUCCACUUCUUCUGUGAGAUGUAACGAAGAUAGGGGCGACAGCUCGGACUCCUCAUCCCUGAGCGCCAAGCUGACAUCCAGGCAGGAUCUGCUGUUCAGAAGGAGGCGACACCUGUCCCCUCUGGAAAGGAUCAGCAGUCUGCUGCCUCAGGACACUCUGAGCCCUGAAGUAAUGCAGCUGAGAGAGCAGAACCUGCAGGAACAGGGUGGGAAUGCAAACCAGGAAAGCAGACCAGAGACAUUCAUGAAAGAUCUGGACACAGAUCAGGCAAUUGAUGCAGCUAAGGAGAUAAACACUUCAUUCCACCACGAGGAAAAGCAGGUGCCUCCCAUUCUUCCUGGGGACAGCUUGCUCACCUUUGGGGAGCUGCUCAUGGCUGAAUAUCUAAAGAAGCGUGUGGAGUUUAGGAAGAUGUUCCAGCUUCAGACAGGGGCCCGUCUGUGUAGCAGCUGGGGGUUCAUCCAGCAUGAUGACAUUGCUGGGCAACCAGCAGGCAGCUUCCUGAGGACCAGCCGAGGGGUUCCUAUCUUCAUACGUAGAGCCAGUCUGGAAGACUAUGUGCUGUGUAUGAAAAGGGGGCCUGCAAUUGCCUACCCCAAGGAUGCAGCUACUAUGCUGAUGAUGAUGGAUGUCACAGAGGGAGAUGAUGUGUUGGAGUCAGGCUCUGGGUCAGGAGCCAUGUCUCUGUUCCUGUCCAGAGCAGUGGGCUCUAAGGGCAGCGUACUGAGCCUGGAGGUCAGAGAAGACCACCUCAGGAGGGCUGUGUUAAACUACGAGCACUGGAGGACGACCUGGAGCAUGCGAAGAGGGCGGGAAUGGCCUGACAAUGUGCGUUUUCACAACGCUGACCUCUGCACAGCCUCCUCACUCCUCGCUGGGCGGGGGUUUCAUGCGGUGGCUCUCGACCUAAUCAAACCUCACUUGGUUUUACCCACCGUGCUCCCCCAUCUGCACCCCGGAGCUGUGUGUGCCGUCUACCUUGCCAACAUAACGCAGGUCGUCGACCUGCUGGAGGGGGUCCGAUGUUCUGCACUGCCGUUUCUGUUUGAACGCAUCAUAGAGGUUCCAGUCCGGAAGUGGGUGGUGGCCCCAGCCGUGCAGAAAGAUGGGCAGUACCACACCAGGACAGCUCCAACUCCAGACAAAGACCAGAGUCAGGAAGACGAGACUGACAGAGAAACGAGCACAGAGGACAGCAGCCUGACCUUUGGGAGUAUUCCCUACAUUGCCAGACCUCAUCCUGAACAAAUGAGCCACACAGCAUUCCUGGUCAAACUGAGGAAAUAUGUGCAGUAGCUACAAUCCCUUGAGAAGACCUGGAAUUAAAUUGAGCCAAAUGAUGUCAUUGGACAAAAUUCUGCUAAAUAAAAUGCUAAGUAAAGACGA